AUGACCUUUAUAUCCUCGAUACUCUCCUGGUUCAGUAGCAUAUUCUUCUCCAAAGCCGCUGAAAUAUCCGUGGUUGGGCUGCAGGCUUCUGGAAAGACUUCCUUUGUGAAUGUUAUUGGGUCGGGGCAGUGGUCGGAAGACGUCGUUCCAACUGUCGCAUUCAACUAUCGUAAGGUACGCAAAGGCGCUGUGACCCUGAAAAUAUGGGAUGUCGCAGGACAGCCCAAAUUUCGCUCAAUGUGGGAGCGCUAUUGUAACGGAGUUGAUGCUGUCGUGUACGUCGUCCUGCUUCUUUGCCAAGAGAAGUUUGACACGGCACGCUUCGAAUUGCACCAACUAUUGGCGCAGCCGAAUCUAGCAAGUGUUCCUCUUUUGGUGCUUGGAAACAAGAAUGACGUUCCCUCGCAUGCAUCUGUCAAGGAUCUUAUACGCGACCUUCAACUGGACAAGAUACAAGACCGCCCAGUCUCAUGUUACUCGUGUUCGAUGAAAAGUCAACAUAAUUUGGAUAUAGUCCUUCGCUGGCUCUCAGAUCGUAGUCAUUAG